CGGCAGUAUUUUGGAUUGAGUGAGUGGAGGGUGAAGAUAGCAGCUGCUCCGACAACAUACAAGUGUUUCUGUAUGGAAUAUGAUCAAAUCACUGGCUUUGUUUUUUAAAGGAAUUAGAUUGGCGUUCAUCUGCAAAUCAUGGGACUUUCUUUAACUCGGAAUGCUGAAGAUCGCUCUCCUACAGCUGUCGUCCUAAAUUAGCUGAGCUCUGUGAAAGGAUAGCUGUUUCAACUGACCCCCUCUGCUCCUUGAAGCUCCAGCCGUCCGUGACACCCAAAUGCUGCCUGUCUUUCAUCAAACUGGUCACUCCUGAAGAAAAAUGGACUUGGAGUGAAAGGAACCCCUUCAUGUGGACUCUAGGACAACUCUUAAGCUAGCCAGAUAGCUGGCCCUCGGACUCAAAUGGGUGACCUAUGACAAUGUAACCGAUAGGGGGACUUGAGUUCUCGCUUUCCCAAGAAGCUGCAAGACGGAUAUGAGCUUGAGCCGUGGGCAUCGACGAUAAAACAAACCUUCCAUCGCUUGAGGGCUUCUCUAACGUCAUGCAGUCAUCUGAGGAAUUGUUUACCAGGAAGCUGAAAGCAUUGAAUGGGAGUAUGGGACAUCCAGCGACCAACACACAGGGCAAGCUGGAAGGGGGUGGUAAAACGAAUGGGACGCCCGCCAUGCCUAAAAUGGGGGUGCGAGCCAGGGUGACGGACUGGCCCCCGAAAAAGGAGGGUUGGGAAAGCCGAGGCGGGCCCAACUACGAGAGCGUCAUCACGGCCUUUCAGAACGGGCAGCCAGACCAAAGUGGGGAGAUCACGGAUUUGGGUGAAGCACCAAUGGAGCCUGAUUAUUCGGAUACAAAAUAUUCUCUGAGUGACCUUCUAAGUCUAUCCCCUUUGAAGGGGCUUCAUCCCAUUCGCCAGCGGAGUAAUAGUGACGUGACCAUCAGCGACAUUGAUGCGGAGGACAUAUUGGACCAGAACGCCGUCAACCCAAACACUGGUGCCUCGUUGCAUCGGGAAUACGGCAGCACUUCCUCAAUUGACCGCCAGGGUCUCGGGAAUGAAGGGUUCUUUACCAUGUUGCGAGGAUACCGGAUUGACAGUUUGGACCAUCGCAGCGCCCCGCCUGUCGGUUUCCCAGAACUCCUUCGCUACGACACAACCCUCUCUCCAAGCUUGCAGACCGCCGCUCAAAUAGCCCGCGGUGAGAUCGUCCGAAUCUCAGGCUACGACUACGUGGACACCUCACUCCUCUACAGCCGAGAAAGGGAGAAGUCUUUCAUGCGUCGUCUCAAGUCCGAGUCGUCCGAGACGUCACUUUUUAGGAAGUUGAGGACUAUUAAAAGCGAGAACGAUGGUUUGCGACUCUCCACCGAGCAGGACGACCGCCGGCCGCUCAGUUUUCAGAAAUGCUUUGCUCACUACGACGUCCAGAGCGUACUCUUCAACAUCAGUGAAGCAGUGGCAAACCGUAUCAGCCUCAACCAGAGGAAAAACACCACAACCGGAGCUUCUGCUGCCUCGCAGUACCAAAUCCCAGGAGGUGGACAGGUGGGUGCAAAUAAUACUGGACCUGCAUCCAUGUUUGAGUCGCCACUGGGAAGUCGGGAAGACCUCAAUCCCAAGGAGAACCUGGAUGCGGAUGAGGGGGAUGGGAAAAGCAAUGGAUUGGUGCUCAAUUGCCCGCAUUUUCGCAAUGAGGUUGGUGGAGAGGGGGAGAGGAGGAUCUCUCUCUCCAGGGCCACUAACACCACCUACAGUGCUGGAGGAGAAAACUGCUCUUUCGAGUCGUCCUUGAGCUCACACUGUACCAAUGCUGGUGUGUCUGUACUGGAGGUGCCACGGGAAAGCCAGGCAAUCCACCGUGAAAAGGUCAAGCGGUACAUCAUCGAGCACAUCGACCUGGGAGCGUAUUAUUACCACAAAUUUUUCUAUGGGAGAGAGCACCAGAACUACUUCGGGGUGGAUGAGAACUUGGGCCCGGUGGCCAUCAGCGUUCGGAGAGAAAAGCUGGAUGAUGGGAAAGACAAAGAGGCAUCGCAGUUUAACUAUCGGGUCACCUUCAGGACGAGUCAGUUAACCACCUUGCGUGGGGCGAUUCUGGAGGACGCUGUGCCGUCCACGGCGAGGCACGGGACGGCCCGCGGUCUCCCACUGAAGGAGGUGCUGGAGUACGUGGUGCCUGAGCUGAACAUCCAGUGCCUCCGACUGGCCCUCAACUCUCCCAAAGUCCCCGAGCAGCUCCUCAAGCUGGACGAGCAGGGGCUGAGUUUCCAGCACAAAGUGGGCGUCCUGUACUGUAGAGCGGGGCAGAGCACAGAGGAGGAGAUGUACAAUAACGAGAACGCCGGGCCGGCGCUGGACGAGUUCCUGGAUCUGCUCGGUCAGAGAGUCCGACUGAAGGGCUUCAGCAAGUAUAGAGCACAGCUGGACAACAAGACGGACUCGACCGGCACUCACUCGCUCUACACCACCUACAAGGACUAUGAGCUGAUGUUCCACGUGUCCACGCUUCUGCCCUACACACCCAACAACAGGCAGCAGUUGCUCAGAAAGAGGCACAUAGGAAAUGACAUCGUCACCAUCGUGUUUCAGGAGCCCGGUGCCUUGCCCUUCACACCCAAAAACAUCCGGUCCCAUUUCCAGCAUGUGUUCGUCAUCGUUAAAGUUCACAAUCCGUGCACUGAGAAUGUCUGCUACAGUGUUGCAGUUUCCAGAUCGAAAGACGUGCCUCCGUUCGGCCCUCCCAUUCCCAAAGCCGUGACCUUUCCCAAGUCCGCCGUCUUCAGGGACUUCCUGCUGGCUAAGGUGAUCAACGGGGAGAACGCGGCGCACAAAUCCGAGAAGUUUCGUGCCAUGGCGACCCGCACGCGGCAGGAGUAUCUCAAGGACCUCGCGGAGAACUUCGUGAGCACGACGACGGUGGACUCUGCGGUGAAGUUCAGCUUCAUCACGCUGGGGGCCAAGAAGAAGGAGCGCGUGAAGCCGCGGAAGGACGCGCAUCUGCACAGCGUGGGGGCCGUCACCUGGAGCGUCGUGGCACGGGACUUCGGGCAGUCUGCGGAUGUGGAGUGCCUGCUGGGGAUCUCCAACGAGUUCAUCGUGCUGAUCGAGGAGGAGUCCAAGAAUGUGAUUUUUAACUGCUCCUGUCGGGAUGUCAUUGGGUGGUCUUCCGGCGUCAUGAGCAUCAAGAUCUUCUAUGAACGCGGAGAGUGCGUGAUGUUUUCCGCGCACGACAACUGUGGAGAGGACAUUAGAGAGAUCGUACAAAGACUUGAGAUCGUGACCCGCGGCUGCGAGACCACAGAAAUGACCCUGCGCAGGAACGGUCUCGGCCAGCUCGGCUUCCACGUGAACUUCGAGGGCAUCGUGGCGGACGUGGAGCCGUUCGGAUACGCGUGGAAAGCCGGUUUGCGGCAGGGCAGUCGGCUGGUGGAGAUCUGCAAGGUGGCGGUGGCGACGCUGACCCACGAACAGAUGAUCGACCUGUUGAGGACCUCCAUCUCCGUCAAGGUCAUCAUCAUACAGCCCUAUAAGGACGGAGCUCCCAGAAGGGGAUGUUCAGAGCUCUACCGCAUUCCUAUGGUGGAGUAUAAGCUGGACAGUGAAGGAACGCCCUGCGAGUACAAGACGCCCUUCAAAAGAAACACCACCUGGCACCGUGUGCCCACCAGCGGCCAGCCCGUCCCCCGCGGGUCCCCCACACAGGGUCCCGAUCGCACGCCCUGCCAGCAGGUCCUCCAGAGCGCUAUCCCACGCAGCACCUCUUUCGACAGGAAGUUGCCAGAUGGACCCAGGACGGCUCAAGAUACGGAGAGCCCUCAGAUGUCCUGCAGUAAAGGAGAGGCGUCCCAACACUACCGCAGUUCGCCCAGUAACCAGUCGUCCUCCAGUGACCCCGGGCCCUGUGGGAGCGCUAGCUGGAACCAGCAGCCCGGAUACGACGGGUGUCAGUCUCCCGUUCUCCACGAGCGCUCCGCUGAAGCCCAGUGCAUGCUGGGAGACGGGGAGAUGCUGAGGGAGAGAGAGCCCACCCUCGAGAGAACACGCUCUGCAGAGGCCAAAUGGCACGUCCCUUCCACUAAGAUCCUCAACUCUUUGAAGGAAAGAGGCAAGGAUUCACCGAACAAGCUGACGCGGCAGGGCGGCGAUAAGAACUCCAGCCACUCCAGCAGUAACACUCUGUCCAGCAAUGCCUCCAGCAGUAACAGUGAUGAGAAGCACUUCGGCUCCGGGGACCUGAUGGAUCCAGAGAUGCUGGGUCUCACCUACAUUAAAGGAGCCUCCACUGACAGUGGGAUUGACACUGCACCCUGUAGCAUGACCCCAGGGGUGGCCAAUGCAUCUGUGGCCCGCGUCGUGCUCCAGGGCCGGGGCGCGUCUGAUCCGGGACACCCCUGGACACCGGAGCUGACUGAAGAAGGUUCAGUGGAGGAGGACCACGGGAGGUUGUAUCUUCCUCAGAGCUACGCCGCGGCUCUGGCCGCCGGACACACACCCGCGGAUGGGAGUAUAGGAGACCUGAGCGAGAUCUCAUCUCAUUCUAGUGGCUCCCACCACUCCGGCAGCCCUUUACCCCACAGCUCCCAGUUUAGGCCCUCUCCAGAACAUCCCGGAGCCCAGGCCGUUCCCUACAGUAGCCAGGAGCCCGGGCCCAGCACUGAUGUACACACAUACAGCCGCCGUAGGAGGGCCGAUGACAAACCGGUCCCGGACGAGCCCCCAAUUCAGUCCGAGUGUGGUGGAGCCGAGAGCUUGUUGUCUUUCCUUCUGAAGGCUCUAGCCGAGCGGUCCAGGGAGCUGUACGCCGGAGAGACGUCCGGUCGGAUACAGGAGAGAGAGCGGGACAAACCGAAGGACACGAGUCUGCAGCCCAACAUGUCUAAAGAAGAAUACAUGAAGAUGAUGCUGUGUGAAAGCCCUGGAGAGAGCGGACACGGGAAGGCAUCAGCGGCGGGAAGCCUGUCACCGAGGCGUUCCCUGUACCGGACUCUCUCGGACGAGAGUGUGUGCAGUAAUAGGAAGGGGUCGUCCUAUGCCAGCUCACGAAGCUCCAUGCUGGACCAGGCCAUGCCCAACGAUAUACUGUUCUCUAGCACUCCACCGUACCACAGCACGCUGCCCCCCCGCAUCAGCCUCAACCAGCCCGCACCCAAGCUCAAGAAUGAGUUCUGGUUCUCUGACGGCUCGCUCGCGGACCGGGCGAAGUUCAGCGACCCGGGUCUCAUGCCUCUACCAGACACUGCCACGGGCCUGGACUGGUCUCACCUCGUAGACGCGGCAAGGGCCUUUGAAGACCAGCGCGUGUCCUCGUUCUGCAGCAUGACGGACAUGCAGAGAGCCGAAGCGCUCCAGAUCUCGCGAGAACUCACCAGACGAGUGGCGGCCGCUGAAGGAGCUGCGCUGGAGGCCGGCGACACGUCUCCGGCCACGCUGACGGGAAAAGUCAAUCAGCUGGAGGUGAUCUUGAGACAGCUGCAGUAUGACUUGAAAAAGGAGAAGGAGGACAAGGCGAUCCUGCAGGUGGAGGUGCAGAACCUGCGGCAGGACAACAUGCGUUUGCAGGAGGAGAGCCAGACCGCGGCCGCUCAGCUCCGGAGGUUCACCGAGUGGUUCUUCCACACCAUCGACAAGAAGCCUUGAUGGAGACUCCGUCGGCCCGGGUCUUCAGGCCAAACCAGAGUCCACAACCACUGGAGAACUGCAUCCACCUACGCUAGCAAAGCCCAAUUCCUACUGCGAUUCCAAUGAGAUGUAGAAUGUAAGUACAUGCUGGACUGAGGACGCCGCUCCGCUGGUGUCGGCUGGUGUCGCUGGUUCACUCGCGGCGCAGGGUUAGCGUGGAGAAUGUACUGGAUCAGAUCCUGGAGGUGGGUUAUGAAUGUAACGCAUCAUUUCCUUCAUUUUCUGCCUCCGUUAUUGAAAGGCACACGAUCAAAACGUUGAC